CACCUUGCUCACACAGCUGGUGGCGAGGCAGGGAGCUGCAUAUAAAGGGUGUCAAGACGAGGUUGCGUCACAUUUACAAGCUUGACUUGUGUUGAUACAGUGAAUUUCUGUGACUGGUAAAUUUUACGAAGUGUUAUUAUGGAGUUGCCUCAUCUUGGCACCCACUGUGCUGAAUCAACCUGUAAUAAACUAGAUUUCCUGCCCUUCACAUGUAAUUUAUGCCAAAAAGAAUUUUGUGUUGAUCACCAUAAGUACACCGCUCACAACUGCACUGAAAGCUACAGGGCAGAUGCACAGGUUCCCAUCUGCCCAUUAUGUGACCAGCCAGUUCCCAGCAAAAGAGGAGAGCCCCCCGAUUUAGCAGUGAAUGAACAUAUGGAAAAUAAUUGCAAGAAUAAGAAAAAAAAAAUCUACACAAACAAGUGCUCUGCAGAUGGUUGUAAGACUAAGGAAAUGAUACCAGUUUUGUGUGAAUCCUGCAGACAAAACUAUUGUUUGCGACAUAGACAUCCAUCAGAUCAUGAUUGCAAAGGCCCAACAUCUGCCAAAGAACAAGCAUUAAUGGCUGCUCUUGCAAGAUCUAAAACUAGUAAGAGCAGCAGCAGCAGUAACAACAAUAGCAGGAGCCAGAGUAGUAGCAGCAGCAGUGGCAGUAACCAGCAAAGUGCAAGAAGAGUUUUAUCACCUGCCUUCAAUCCUGUUCAACCUACUGGUCAUGUACGUUCAGAACAUGCAGCUAAAGUAUCAACAUUACAAGGAAGCAUGUCUGAGGAAGAGGCAUUGUCAAGAGCAAUGGCUGCUUCUAUGCUAGAGGUGAAUGGAGAACAAACAUCAUGCCAUACUGAUGGUGGUAACCUGGAACAAGAUGAAGAUUCCUUGCUGGCCCGCACCAUUGCUGCUAGCUUGGAGGAGAAUCACCGAAUGAAUAAUAGGGAACAGCGGAACAGUACUAGCAAUAGCUGCAGUGUUUGUUAAUGCAAUAAAAUAUUUGAGGAUGUACAAAGCUGGCUAAAGAAAAUAGAACAUUGUUAAUGAGCAUGUUUGCUAAAAUGAUAAUUUGUAACUCUGGGACUAUACUUUUCAAUUAAAGGAGCACUUUUAAUGCAUUUUCUUUUUAUAGAAUAAGCACAGAAUUGUUGAUUCAUAUUUUGCAUUUAGGAAAUCAUAAUAUGGAAAUUAUUUUGACGGAAGGCAAGAAUCAUAUGAGAGAUACCACAAAGUGUCUUGCAAGGCUGGGUUAUAUCUUAUCUGGUGAAAAUAAUGUAAGGUGCUAUCAUAUACAAAAGUUUUAUAUACUAACAUCUAUGUAAAAAUAAAGUUACUGCCAUAUUUAUAAGAUAUUCUAUAUGCUAACCAUCCCUGUAUACUAAAAAAAGCAUUUACAAAUAAAUACACAAAUAGA